GUCCAUCAUGGCCGCUCCCGCCGAGCCUACCUACACCAUUCCGGCCUACACCACCGAUCCGAUGCCCGCCUAUACCAUCCAGCAGGAUGCUGGUGUGCCGGUGACCUACACUUCGGCGCCCAUCAGCAUGCCGGCUGGCUACACCUACAUGCCUGCUUCCGACUACACGUACAUGCCCGCGAUGCCUGCUGCACCCCUCGACCACUCUCAGGGAAAGUGGUUUGCCCCGGGUGAGGCUCUGCCCCCAGGCUACGUGAUCACCGCCCACCCAGAAGGGCACACGGCUCCUCAGGAGACCCACAGCAUGACCGACAAGGCCCGCGAGAGCUUCGUUGUCACCGGCAGCACCCUCAAGUCGGCACUCCCAAAGGCUCCUGAGAAGAAGACCAAGAAGAGCAAGAAGAAGAAGUCCAGCGGCUGCUGCUGA